GUAGAAGAUACAACAGUAGAAGAUACAACAGUAGAAGUUACAAUAGUAGAAGAUACAACAGUAGAAGUUACAACAGUAGAAGAUACAACAGUAGAAGAUCCAACAGUAGAAGUUACAAUAGUAGAAGUUACGAUUUGAAAACAAAGAACCUAAACAAUUAAAGACCAUGGAUAUUGAUGAUCAUAUAUAUGGAAACGAAAGACCCAUCAUGCCCUGCAAGAAGGAUGGAGUUGGUGAUCAACAUUCAGUGUUUUGUCAGUGGUGGAAGAGAUACUCUGGAGCUGCUGCAGUGUGUCUGGGGCUGCUGUGUGUUCUCCUACUGGCUGGGAUCAUAGGCCUGUUUCUCUACCAGAGAAACCAAUUGACCAGUUCCAACACCCUGACUGAAGAGAGGGACCAGCUACAGACCAGUUCCAACACCCUGACCAAAGAGAAGGACCAGCUACAGAUCAGUUUCAACAUCCUGACCAAAGAGAGAGACCAGCUACAGACAAACUACAACACCCUGACCAAAGAUGGAGACGAGUUACAGACUAGCAACAACACCCUGACCAAAGAGAGAGACCAGCUACAGACCAGUUUCAACAUCCUGACCAAAGAGAGAGACCAGCUACAGACAAACUACAACACCCUGACCAAAGAUGGAGACCAGUUACAGACUAGCAACAACACCCUGAUCAAAGAGAGAGACCAGCUUCAGAAAGAGAUAGAACGUCUGAAACAAUCUUUAGUUGAGAAAGUGUGUCCGGAAGGAUGGAAGAAGCUUGGUAGCAGUUGUUACUACGUCUCUACUGAGAAAAAAUCUUGGGAGGAGAGCAGACAGGACUGCAGAAAUAGAGGAGCACACCUGGUGGUCAUCAAGAGCCAAGAACAACAGACAUUAGUCAACUGGUUAUGUGGAGUAUAUGGCUAUGUCUGGAUUGGUCUGACUGACUCUGUUUCUGAGGGGACCUGGAAAUGGGUGGACGACACACCACUGACCAGAAAGUAAGACAUUAAUGAAUGCUGUGUCACUAUGACAUCACUGUCUGGAAUAGUAUGUUCAGAAUGGACAGCCUGAUUCUGUGUUGUUUCUUCUACAGGUAUUGGAACAGUGGACAGCCUGAUUCUGUGUUGUUUCUUCUACAGGUAUUGGACCAGUGGACAGCCUGAUUAUAUGUCUUGUUUCUUCUACAGGUAUUGGAACAGUGGACAGCCUGAUUCUAUGUGUUGUUUCUUCUACAGGUAUUGGAACAGUGGACAGCCUGAUUCUGUGUUGUUUCUUCUACAGGUAUUGGAACAGUGGAGAGCCUGAUGGUGGUCGAGCAGAGAACUGUGUGUAUUUCUAUUCCUGGUCAUCAGACACAGGAGAAUGGUGGGACUAUUACUGUUACUAUAAAUUCAGAUGGAUCUGUGAGAAAUAGGAUUCAUCCUCGGUACUCUCUGAACUGCUAAAUAAGAUUAUGCUAAGUACUAUCAAUCGUAAACUAUUUUCUGCUUAUUCAAUUUAUUUUGUCAAGAACAUACAAUAUAUAACAAGACAAAUGUAGAAUACAU